GAGAUCAGCCUUCCGCAGCUGUGUGUUGUCGGUGACCAAUCGUCUGGAAAGUCGAGCCUCCUGGAGUGCCUCACGAAAGUUCCGUUCCCGGUCAAGUCCGGGAUCUGUACGCGCGCGCCGACGGUGGUGCAGUGCCGGCGCGCGGACCAGCUCAAGUGCGAGAUUCGUCGCGGAUCGGAUGCCGAGUUUGAAGUAAUUCAGGAGAACGACAUCGAGGACGCGAUCGCGAAAGCACAGAAGAAUCUUAUUGGGACUGGAUCCAAGGAUGGCCGCAAGGUGACCGGGUCCGAGAUCGCGUUGCGCAUGGAGGGCCCGGACCAAAUGGAUCUGCAGAUCGUCGACCUACCGGGCAUCAUCCAUUACGGUGACGGCGCGACGGAGACCAAGGACCUCAUCGAGAAAUACAUCGCGUCCAGCCAGACUCUCAUCCUCCUCGUGUCCGAGGCGAAACAGGACAAGGAGGGGAUCUUUGCGCUCCAGCUCGCCGAGAAGCAUGAUCCUACGCGAGAGCGCACGCUG